AUGGCUCCAGAGAAGAGAACCUUGCCGCAAGUGACUACCACCGAGCCUAGUAAGAAGCGCGCUCCUUACACGCCUCGUGCUUGCGAUACUUGCCGCAAGAGAAAAGGUCGCUGCAAUGGACGAAGACCAUGCGAGUAUUGUCUCGGUCGUUCCUUUGAAUGUCACUACACCCUCAAUCUCGACGAACAUCGAAAUGAACAGCCUCAGAUCUCUGGCAGUAAUCCGCAGCAGGCGGGUAGUGAUCCGCGUGAAAAUGGUUCAGAGCGACUGGACUCUCUAGGAGAACUUGUAGCAAGCAUGCAGGGACAGUUGAAUGCGCUCGUUGCCCACAUGAAAAUGUCGGGCGAGAUGUUCUCUUCCGAUACUACACGGAGACCUCGAGAUGUGGGAGUCCAGAGAGGCUUGCCUUCAUCUGAGCCGCCAGCCAUGAUUGGAUUCUCUAACAACAGCACACUAUCCCCAACAACGGACUCUGGGAGCAAUAGUCGGCCUUCACGACGCGCCAUGAACGUCUUCUGUGGACCGACAAGCCCAGAGUACAGUCUGAACGCGGCGCAAAGGAAAAUGCAGUAUGAAGCGAUGAGCGGCGUCAAGCCCGGUCAGACAAUCGCUCCUAGCAUCGACGAUGAGCAAUUUGACGACGAGCAAGACCAGCAGUGUAGUCAAGCGAGUGAAAGUCCCAUGUACAUCCAACGGCCUUCGGAACAAACCUACCAAGCAGCAUUGCUGCGUUUCAGGAACAUGAUACCCAUAUCUGAAGCUGUGAGACUUUUACGCGUCUACCACAAUGUCAUUGGAGAGUUGCAUCCGAUUUGUGACAUAGAACACCUUAUCAAGCAAACCGAGACAUACUACAAGCGAUCCAAUUCCGAGACAAGCAUUCUGGCGAGCCCCAACAUUCCCAUCGACGAAGAUGACCUACUUAUGGUGAACCUGGCGAUCACGAUUGCCCUCAGCGCCGAAUCCGGAACGUCUUUAGACGCGGGCAAGACGAUUUACGACAACUGCUCCGAAAUCAUCAAAUCGAAACUGGCGAGUCCGGCGGCAGACACAAAGCAUGUUGCCAUUGUCCUUCUUGUGGGCGUUCAUCACUUCUUCAAGGCUGCGAUCCGUCUCGCCUGGCGCAUGUGUGGACUUGCAGGCCGCAUGGCGAUGGAGUUAGGACUGCAUAACCAAGAAAUGUCACAGCAUUGUCUCGAGAAUGAUGAGCAACGGACCGCGGUCGUGAACCUAUCCUGCAGCAUCCUGGUGCUGGAUCGUCAAUGGAGUGCUGCAGCUGGACUUCCCAACAACUUUCAAGAAUCAGAUUUUGACGCUGCCAUAGUCUCUGCGGUCCAAGUUCCAUACGUAAAGUCGAUGAUGGCCUUUACGUUGAUGAGCAACAAAUUCAACGAGCCAAUUUCCAGAGCGGCGAAAGGAGAAGUCUACACGGACGACGAUUCCUUCGAAGUCACCAACUUUUUGAUCGAACAAUGGAGAAAGAGGUCCUUCGAGAAUCACAGCUUUGCCGAUCCAUCAAUGUGGGAGACCAUGCCUUCGACUAGACCACCUUCCUGGACCAUCAUAUUAUACCUCCGAGCCAAUUCAGUUCGAGGCAUUCUUCUACGACCCUUCUUCCUGUCCGACUCCGCCACCGAUGCGAGCAAGAGACACAUAACGCCCGCGCUGGACAUCAUCACGGACUCGAUCAAUAUCCUUUCUGUCCUGGACCGGACCACGAAUAUCUACCGAACCCAACACCCUUUCCUCCAGCAUUUCUUGGCCGGCGCGUGUGCCUUGCUUUUCCUACUUCUCGUCCACACGGCACAGAACCGUGCGGCAAUUUCCCCCAACCUCCCCGACGACUUUUUGACCAAGGUCAACAAAAACUUCUGGAAGGCCCUGGACCUCUCUCAGUCAUAUGUCGGGUUGUCCAUCUCUUCGCGCAAACUUUACAAACGCCUGGCCACGAUCAAAGAACCACUUCUCCGGGUCGGCUUUCUCUCGAAUGAUGAAUGUCCUGCUCAUCUCGUUCAACCGGACAUGGGGGCCAUGCAGCCGAUAACUUCUUCUUGCCCCCUAGGAGGACAGAGGCAACUGGUGCCAGAACACUUGGAGCCAAACGGGCAGCAGCAGGGCUUGAGGCAGGCGGCUCAUAAUAGCAUGGAGGUCCAGCCCAUCACAAUGGCCGCUGCGUUUUCUGACAUCUGGAACCCCAUGUUCGGAGCGAGUCCAGGCGAUAGUGCCUUCAAUACUAAUUUCGAAUUCUCGGACUACGAUUGGCCGUCGGGUGAGCUUGCUAAUUGUCUUUUGUUGGAUGGAUCUUCUUCCGGCUUUUGA